AUGGACUUGAGGUCGAUAUUGAGAACAGCGCUAAGGGAGCAUGAUGGGGAUGAGACGGAAUAUAUCAGUCGUAUCGAGACGGAGCUCGAAGGAGACAUUUCACCCUUCUCACCGGGUUCAUCCUCUCUCAGUCUCGUCCGAUUUGAUUGUAUGCUGCAGGAUGUAGGUUAUCCUAUGGAGGUAUACUCCGAAGGCAGCGAUGAUUGGAGUGAUCUGAAAGAACGAUGGGUCGGAUGGGCUGUAGAAAUACCAGGCUCAUCACGGUCAUCAUCAACCAACACACUGCCGGAGAGCUUACACUCAAAAUUUCCCUUGGAGAAUCACGGAGAUUACCUGGGGGCCUUGCUGAAGGUUUACGAUGAAGGACCAUCCAGGGAGCCCGCUGCUCUGGUCCGAGUCGUUGGCGUCGUCUCAUCUGCACCUAUGCCAGCUUUGGAGGAUGUCAUGGUUCCUUGUAUCCACGUCCUUCGAUCUGGACCAGUGCCGAAACCUUUAUCGAGCCCUUGUUCCCGGCAAGAGCUCCUAGACUAUUUCACUGCUUCCUUCUCUCCUCCUGAUUCACUGGCGGCGGAAUAUCUCUUACUCUCGCUCAUCUCCUCUCCAUCAGCCAGACCCACUGGUCUACCACCCCUUGGGACCCUCUCUCUGAAUUUUAUCGGUGGAUCCCUGAAACCAUUACUCAAUCAACUCACUCGUACCGUCACCUUGUCCCUCUCUCUUCCGAAUCUACACUCAUCUUCUUUCCAACCCCACUCUCCCGAUUCUACCUCUUUAAACUCUGGUCGACUCCAACUACCAUCAGGUACCGUCGUCUUGGUCGACGAAGACGCCAUGGGACAAGGAGGCAAAUUAGAAACGAAAGCCGUGAAGAAUCUCCAGGCUUUAUCAGAUUGUAUGAAAAGUCAGAUGCUGGGAUACGAGUACCCUUACAUGGACAACCUGAAAAUGAAGUGCGAACUCAGAUUCAUCGUCACGAGUCAAGGGAAGAGCAUGCUCCCUUUGGACGUGCAUCUACCAGUCGGAUCUAUGACUCAGCCUUCGACUCCACCACCACAGGGUAGUGAUGCUUUGCUGGCUCAACUGGGCUCAUCGGAACACGCUGCAAAGCUUGAGAUCCCAGAAGACGUGGCCAAAGAAAUUCAGGAGUCUUUCGUUACGAGCCGCAAGGCCGGCGGGAACGCUAAUGAUGCCGAGGCAACUCUGACGCGAAGAAUGCGGAUCGCAAGGCUCAUCGCCCUGUCCAACGAUGAUGCAAAGCUCUCCGAGUCGGUCUGGGCACGGGCAGUGGAGAUGGACACACAAGCGAGAGAGAGAAUGAGUGGUCGGCGGGAUGUCCCCGCGGAGUAA